CUCUGGCAGCACUGUUGGACAGUUAGCUUUGAGGUGUAAGCCUGGCCCCUCUCUGGGUUUGAGGCUGGGCAGAUUCGAAUGUGGUGUAAUUUAAAGACACAGAACAUGUAUGUGUGGUGUUGUUUAGUUAGAGGUGAGUAAAAUGUGUGUCUGGCUCAUAAACGGUGUUUCCUGAGCAGAGGUGUGAACUUUGAGCUCUCCGUGCUGAGGUCUGUCACCUGCUGUUGCGUGACGGAGGACAGCGAUGACGGAGCACCUUCUGAAAAUUCUCAUUGUCGGUGAUGGAAACGUCGGCAAGUCUUCCUUUGUUCAUCGCUACGUCAGCGGACAGUUCAACAAGACCUACAAGAUGACGGUGGGAGUGGAUUUCUCCGUUAAGCUGCUGCACUGGUCGGAUAAAGAGAAAGUUCGACUGCAACUCUGGGACAUCGCAGGCCAAGAGCGUUUCAUAUCCAUGACCAGGAUCUACUAUAAAGGGGCGCUGGGCUGUGUGGUGAUGUUUGAUGUCACCAGUUCCUCCAGUUUCUCCAGCUGUCGCCACUGGAAAGAGGACCUGGACAAUAAGGCCAUGCUGCCCAACGGAGACUCCAUCCCCUGCAUCCUAGUUGCUAACAAGUGCGACCUCGCUCACAGGGCUGUCUCUGCAGACACCAUCGACAAGUUCAGCAAAGCCCACGGCUUCAUUACAUGGAUGGAGACUUCAGUCAAAGACAACAAGAACGUUGGAGAAGCCACGAGGAUGCUGGUGCAGGAGAUUCUGUCGGUUCAGUCCACUAUGGACCCGAUUCACAGACCUGAAGUCCGAGUUUAUCCUCACCCGGACUCAGAGUUCAACAGAAGCUCAGGAGGAGAACGAGGCUGCUGCUGA